CUCAACAGUCCCACGCCCUCAAUAAUGGCAGAAACCAAAUCAGUCCGUUUCCUCAUCUUGUCAGAUACGCAUGACCUCACUCUCGAGACUGAAAGCAACAAGACUUCACUUGGGCAACCUUUCCCUGAAAUCGAGGUUCUCCUACACUGCGGUGACCUCACAGAGAUCUGCUCCCUCGAGGGACUUCGACGAGCGGUAGACUUGAUCUCCGCGAUACCUGCUGAGCUCCGAAUAUGCAUCGCGGGUAAUCACGACACGAUAUUGGACCGAAAUUUCCACUUCGCAAACGCCGGGUCACUCUCAGACCAUGAAGAAGCCUUGAAAAUCAUGGCAGACGGAGCUAUUAGAUACCUCGCCGAAGGCAGUCACAGCUUCACAUUAGCUAGCGGGGCUACCUUCAACGUUUUCGCGUCCCCCUACACACCGUCACAAUAUGGGCCCCAAUAUGGCCUUCACGCCUUCCAACAUUCUUCCGGUGAAGAUCGAUACAAUCCUUCCACGGUCACGCCAACCUACGCAAAGAACACAUCAAACCCGACAUCCACCAUCCCUGAUUUUCCUGCCAUCGACAUUGUUAUGACGCAUGGGCCUCCGAAAUACAUCCUGGACAGCACCACUGAUGGCAGGACGUCAGCGGGUUGCGAACACCUGCGACGAGCCAUUUGCCGUGCCAGACCACGCCUACAUUGCUUUGGGCAUAUACACAGUGGAUAUGGCGCCCAGAGGGUAGCUUGGAAAGACUCUGUUUCCUCAACAGAGCUCGAGGAGCUAGGAAUCGAUGACCAAUCCUCCCAAGACGAUGACAUGAUUUUAAUUCCUCGACCAGAACCCGAAGGACUGAUGAAGAACUCAGAUCGGCGCCGCGGAUACGUGAAACUGAGCCAUUCUACGAGGGAGGCGUUAGUACAUGGAAAGCAAACGCUGAUGGUGAACGCUGCGAUCAUAGAUUCCGAAUCGCAAACGCACAACGCCCCUUGGUUAGUCGAAUUGGAUCUU